CGUCGGGCUGUGAAGGCAGAGAGAAAUUGACUAAUUAGCAAUGCGCACUAAAACUUGACGGUUCUCUCUAUAACAGCGAGAGGAAAGACUCGGCUUUUUUCCCCCUUCUUCCUCCUUCUUCUCCCCCCUUUCUUYUUCUCUUUCUUCCAAAGAUGUUUGAAAUCGCAGUCAUUUACGCUCGACAGUUUUUACAAUAGCCUUGAGCCAUAAUUUUGCGAGUCUCUCCAGCAUCCAUACCCCUGCAUGGUCUCUCUCCACCGGCCAUGCACGACCGUUUCUCUCCCCAACCGUGGAUUUCCUAUUACUCUCGUUACGACUCACUGAGCCCCAGGCCCAAGGAUAAUGAUGUGUUGUUUCUUGGUAGCAUAAUUUGUCACACGUAUAUUUCUUCUUCUUCUUCUCUUGCAGAAAGCACAGCUCCCUCUCACACACUCACACACUUCUUGUUAAUUCAGAAGAACAAAUGAUCUAACGUCAACAAAUAACCCGAAAAUAGUGACUUUUCAGAGUUGGAAUCAAUGGUUCUUUUGAGACGCCACAAAGGGAAGGCAAAACAGUCUUUUUAAAAAGAAGAACAAAGGAAUAUUCAGGAGAUAUUGGGACCCCCCCUCUCUGAAGAUUACUUUCUUUUCUUUUUUUGUGUGUGUGUGAAGAGCUGAAGUCAGGUGGCGUUCGCAGUCAGGAAGUCAUGUCCAGAUCGGGUGAUAGAACAUCCACCUUUGACCCAACGCACAGUGACACCUUGCUGCAUGGGCUCAACCUGUUAUGGAGAAAACAGCUGUUCUGCGACGUGACUCUCACUGCCCAGGGACAGCAGUUCCACUGCCACAAAGCUGUGCUGGCAUCCUGCUCUCAGUAUUUCAGAUCUCUCUUCUCCUCCCAUAAUGCCAUCAACAACGAGGGAAGCAAGGGGGACCAGGGCAGCAGCGGGACCCCCUCAUCUUCUCCUGAUGACAAGCUGGUGACCCCCAGCACCAGGCCUAUCAACAACCUUGUGCUUCAGGGCUGCUCCUCAAUUGGACUGCGAUCAGUGCUGGAGUACCUGUACACUGCCAAUGUCACACUCUCCCUGGACACAGUGGAAGAGGUGCUUUCAGUCAGCAAGAUCCUCAACAUCCCCCAGAUCACCAAGCUGAGCGUGCAGUUCCUCAACGACCAGAUCUCUGUGCAGAACUACAAGCAGAUCUGUAAGAUCGCGGCACUGCACGGACUGGACGAGACCAAGAAGCUGGCCAACAAGUACCUGGUGGAGGAUGUGCUGCUGUUGAACUUUGAGGAGAUGUGCGCCAUGCUGGACGCUCUGCCGCCCCCGGUGGAGUCCGAGCUGGCUCUGUUCCAGAUGUCAGUCCUCUGGCUGGAGCAUGACCGGGAGACUCGCAUGCACUACGCCCCGGACCUGAUGAAGAGGCUACGCUUUGCCCUCAUACCUGCUCCCGAGCUGGUGGAGAGGGUGCAGUCUGUUGACUUCAUGAGGAGUGACCCUGUGUGCCAGAAGCUGCUCCUGGAUGCCAUGAACUACCACCUGAUGCCCUUCAGGCAGCACUGCAGACAGACUACGGCCAGCAGGAUCCGCUCCAAUAAGAGAAUGUUGCUUCUGGUGGGGGGUUUGCCUCCUGGACCUGAUCGUCUUCCCAGCAAUUUGGUCCAAUACUACGAUGAUGAAAAAAAGACGUGGAAGAUCCUCACAAUAAUGCCUUACAACAGCGCUCAUCACUGCGUGGUGGAGGUGGAAAACUUCCUGCUGCUGCUGGGCGGAGAGGAUCAGUGGAACCCCAACGGAAAGCACAGCACCAAUUUUGUCAGUCGCUAUGAUCCCAGAUUCAACAGCUGGAUUCAGCUGCCACCAAUGCAGGAAAGGAGAGCCAGUUUUUUUGCCUGCCGCCUGGAUAAGCACCUGUACGUGAUUGGUGGAAGGAAUGAGGCGGGCUACCUCUCCAGCGUGGAGUCCUACAACCUGGAGACGAACGAGUGGAACUACGUGUCACCUCUGCCGCAGCCUUUAGCUGCCCAUGCAGGAGCAGUGCACAACGGCAAGAUCUACAUUUCAGGAGGAGUGCACAACGGCGAGUAUGUGUCCUGGCUCUACUGCUACGACCCGGUAAUGGAUGUGUGGGCUAGAAAACAAGACAUGAACACAAAGCGCGCCAUUCACGCCCUGGCUGGGAUGAAUGACCGCCUGUAUGCGAUUGGUGGAAACCAUUUGAAAGGUUUUUCUCACCUUGAUGUAAUGUUGGUUGAGUGUUAUGACCCCAAAGCUGACCAGUGGAACAUCCUCCAGACACCGAUACUGGAGGGUCGCAGUGGUCCGGGCUGUGCUGUUUUGGAUGACAGCAUCUUCCUGGUGGGGGGCUACAGCUGGAGCAUGGGGGCCUAUAAGUCUUCAACCAUCUGCUAUAGCCCAGAGAAAGGAACAUGGACAGAGCUGGAGGGAGAGGUGGCAGAACCUUUGGCCGGCCCGGCCUGUUCCACCGUCAUCCUGCCCGCCUGCCUUCCAUUCAACAAAUGACAACUAAUCCAACCCAUGGGAGGCGAGGACGAGGAGCAGCAGAGCGACUGGGGGGAGGACCAUCCAUAAACAAAACACUUGUCAACAAUUUUGUGACAAACCCUCCAAGUUGAACAUCGGGGGUGUGUAUAAAUUAUUUUUUUACAGGUUCGAUCAGAGCACUUUCGUUAUUCUCUACUGAAGGAAUCAAGGAGGGAAAAAAAUAAUUGUGUAUCUAUCCCACGUAUCGGUGAAACGGUCGGUUUCAUGUUUGAUUUUAUUGAAAGAGUUUGUGAGUGUUUUUGGCUUCUCUUCUAUAGCACGCAUAGUGUUGAGCCGACUUCAAGCUUGUCAUAUCCAUCGUAUCCUGUACUCAGUAGCAGCGUAACUCCAGCAACAAGCAGUGUUGUUUCAACAGACAGCAAGAUCCAGUUUGUACAAGAGCUGGGUGAGCUGCAAAGUGUAUAAAUAUUCAGCUGUUGUGUUAAUACUCAUCACUCUCUGUCUGGGUUGUUCAUUUAUGGAACACUUUUGUUGUCUCUUUCUGAAAAGGAACGUAUUUGGGCAUAAAAAAAGACAUAUUUCUGAAGUUUUUUUUCUUAAACAGCUGACAUGAUUCAAUGAGGAAGAGGAGAACACCUGGACGCAGGUGGAUUUGGGGUCCAAGCAAAUACAGCUCACUGUAAAAAGACACAACUGAAUGGGGAAUCACACAGCUCCUAUUUUACCUUAAUGUCCUAAUUAUUGUACACCCAGACUCUGAUGUGUUUUUUACAACUUAUCUGUGAGACAGAAAACCUGCCAGAUGUUUGUGGCAACUAUUAUUGGUGCCCGAGGCAGGAUGAUUGAAGGAUUAUCACUGAUUCCUAAAGGAAUAGUUCAGAUUUCUUCAAGUGGGAGUCUGUGGAAAGGAUUAAAAACAGUAUCUUACCUGUUGCAGAUACUGUCGCUGUUUGAACAACUCAAGAGAAAAAUAUUUCUCUUUGGUUUGAUAAAUUGUAAAAUUGUGUAAUUAAUUUUAAGUGGCAUAACUUUUAUAAACAAUUUCCAUUUCCUGACCAGCAAUUUAAUUCAACUUCCCUCUGAAAAUGGUGUAAUUUUUUACAAAGUAUCAUUUGCAUGACAAGCCAUGCAUUUUUACAGAUUUGAGUUGUAUUUAAACUGUAGUGAUCCACUUUAGCCUUGAAACACUCAUCAGUCUGGUCAUUAUGAAACUUCUCUUCAGCACAAUGUAACAACUGUUCACUAAUGAACUCCGCUUCAAAAGAUCUGAACUAUUCCUUUAAUAUUCUAACACUAAUGUUAUACAAUGAUGGUACAAUCAAAUUGUAAUUACUAGCCAACGUGUUCCUGGGUAGCAUGUUUGGGUAAAGAGACAGAUUGAAAUGGAGAACAUUUGUGUUGUUUGUUCUCCUCCUGUGAGUUCAUGUGAGCAGGUCUGUUUACGAGGCCACUUAGUUUCCAUUUUUAAAUGUGUAUAUAUCAAAAACAUGUCAAAAAACAGUGGUCUUUGAUGCACUAUUUGUGAACUUUUAUUCAGCAGAUAAAGUUCACUGAAAUGUAAAAUUAAUUGUGCUGUGUUUAAGAAUCUAUCCAGUGCAAAUGAGUCCAGUCUCAUCUACGUUAUUAAGUUCAAUAACUUGACUCUAAAUAUUGAUGCUGUUGAAUUCUGUAAAAAAACAAAACAACCAAAAAAAAAAAAACAACAAAUGUUGAUUUCAUUCUUGUACAUAACCGCCUGCAGUGAAACAUUUUUGUGCAGUUAACCUUGGAUUUAUUCUCAAAUCCUGUUAUGUCCUUUGCAUUUUAGAAAAAGAAAAUAAAAUGACUCUUGAUGACUAUGUUAA